GCAGAGAAUUGUUUUCAUUCAUAUUGGUGUGUAGGUCCUGCUGUAUUGUCUUCAUCCCGUAUGCCGAGUUCAUGGGUUCUGCAUACUAUCGCAUUCUCUUUCGUUUACGUUGCUAUACUUAAGCUCCAAGUUGUAAAAAUUACCGAAUCACCCUGUUAUGUCUGUACGCACAUGCUCUUGUGCUCCACUGUUGUCUUGUUUUCGCUUUCGCAAUGUUUUGUUCACUCUAGAUUUAAAAAAAACAAUUCGUUGCUCAACGACACCGUGUAAGUACCACCUGGCAACUCCGGUAAAUCCAAUCUUUAACCACUCUGACAGGUAACAGAGGAAGAGUCCAGAUUCACGUUACCUUGAAGAACCUGGUCAGGUGGAAAUACCAACGGUACAACGGGUUAGCCUGUCCAAUACCUCUGUCAUCAUCGGUCGCUUUUUCGGGUCUUCAUCCAUAAGUUGCGACGAAAUUUCGAGGAGGGUAUCGCGAUCCGUGGAUGG